AUGGUUAAUAAGAACAACGAAUGUUUGACAGAUGCGGUGACGACUGAAUCAAAAACAAUACCGUCUCAUGAAAAUGAUUCAACAAUGUUAUCUGUCGCUAUAUUAAGUGACUCCACUAGUGAACAACAAUCUAUCCAAGAUAUUAUCAAUGAUCAAAGCGAUGGUUUUCUUGAAAACAAAUCUGAUGAUAAUCAAUUGGUAGUUGCUCAAAUCGAGCAAGAAGGACAACAACAAGAAGUUGACGACGAUGAAUUUAUUCGAAUUACCGCUGCUCAUCAAAUGUUAACUGAAGCUCAAACAUAUGAUGAACAAAAAAAAUAUCCCGCUGCAUUACAUCUCUAUCGUAUUUGUGUUGAUCUCCUUCUAGAAGAAUUAAUGUUUACUGAAGGUACUGAACAAUCGCGUGUGUAUUUACGCGAAAAAUGUACAGCCAUUAUGGAUCGUAUCGAUUUACUCAAAACGAUGCUUGAGCCGAUUCCACCACUACCAUCCACAGAAACAUUAACAAAUGACGAAACAACAACUAAUGAUGGAACAGCAACUACUGAUAAAGCAACAACAAAUGCAGAAACAACAGAAAAUGACGAACAAAUGAAAGAUGAAGAGCCAACAAAAACGGAAGAAAUAGCUAAUCCACUUACCGAAGAAUUAAACUCACUUCAUAUAUCUUAG